AUGGCAUUAUUUCAAGUUAAAGAAGAUAUCCAACAAGAAAUCCAGCAAGAAACUCAAGAAGAAAAGCUUCGUAAUAAAGAACAUAAACCAGAAUCCAAAAAACCAAAAAAGGAAAAGAAGGAAAAGAAAUCUAAACCAGCUCACCCCGAACCAGAACCACAAUCAGCACCAGCUCCAGCUCCACCAGCUCCAGCUGCUCCAAUAGCAACCACUACCAAUUGGUGUGGGGAAGUUGUUUUUUACUACCGGUUUGAAAGACCUAGGGCUAAGUCUACCUUCAAUGAACAACUCUAUACCACAACUUCCGAAUCCGCCUUAAAAUUAAUUCAAGACCAACCAUCCUUAUUCGAUGAAUAUCAUCAAGGAUUCAGAUCACAAGUCCAAUCAUGGCCCGAAAAUCCCGUGGACGUGUUUGUCGACCAAAUCAAAACCCGAGCAUCUACUCGUCCCGUGAAUGCCCCAGGUGGAUUACCCGGCUUACAAGCCAACAAAAAAGUUGUGAUUGCCGAUAUGGGAUGUGGAGAAGCACAACUAGCAUUAGAUGUUGGGAAAUUUGUUAAAGAAUAUGCCAAGAAGAAUAAAGGUCGUAAACCGAUUAGGAAUGGUGGUGCUAGGAAUUUAGAGAUUGAAGUACAUAGUUUUGAUUUAAAGAAAUAUAAUGAUCGGAUUACGGUGGCGGAUAUUAAGAAUGUACCUUUAGCUGAUGGAUCAUGUACGAUUGUUAUCUUUUGUCUUGCGUUGAUGGGAACUAAUUUCUUGGAUUUUAUUGAAGAGGCAUAUAGAAUCUUGGCACCUAGAGGUGAAUUAUGGAUUGCGGAAAUUAAAUCGAGAUUUUCUGAAAGUAGUGGUGGUAGUGGUGGUGAGAAUAAGAAUAAGAAUUCGGAGAAUGUUGGACAAGAGUUUGUUGAUGCUUUGAAAUUAUGUGGGUUUUUCCAUAAGAAUACUGAUAAUAGUAAUAAAAUGUUUACAAGAUUUGAAUUUUUUAAACCUCCACUUCUAUAUUAA